AUGGGCAACUCCUCCUCAGCGACUAGGCAUCAUCGCCGCAUGCCCCGAGAUCACCGCACUAUCAUACGGGUAGAGUUCGAUCCUGAUCUCGCAAUCCCAGGCUUAGCUGAGGGUCGACCGCAUCGCCGUCGCCGGCGCCACCACCACGAUGGACGACGUCGACGUUCGCAUUGGGAUGAGAUUGAGUAUGCACAUGGUGCUGGCUACGGCGAGGGCUUUGACGAGGGCUAUGGCGAGGGCUAUCACCAAGGCUACGAUGAUGGCUACGUUGAUCCACAUGCGCACCAUGGUGGUCGAUCGCUACCCGGUAUGCGCGAAUACGGCUACGGCCCGGAAGACUAUCUUGACGGCGAUGGACAUCCUGCACAGCCUGGCUACGGUAUGCAAGAUCCAUACGCUGAUGCGGACUAUGCCUCCUACGAAGGUGGGCAUCCUGCCUAUGGCAUGCACGACCCCUACGCGGACGGCUCCUAUCAUGGCGGACACCCCGGCUAUGGCAUGAAUGAACCCUCCCCCCGUCGUGCUGGACGCCGCCCUCGCCGCCCACGCGCUCAGGCUGCCGGAGGCCGCGACCGCGUCCAGCAGUCUCAGUUUGAAUUCGCGGGGUACGAAGAGGAUGACAUUAGGUCUGAGUAUGCUGGUCCUCUGGAACCUAGGCGGAUUGGGUGGCACUAA